AUGGCCUUGAUCGAGUUUGACCUCGAGGUGAGAGGUGCAAAGAGGAGAAGGUGCUCGUCGCUACUUGGCAAGAAUUAUUCCAGCAUGGUGGGGUGCAUCACUUUCCUGCCGCUUCUAUUUAGCGCGCACGUCCGACAGGGCAGGCGGUCAAGCCAGGCGGUGAAAGUGGAACCACCCACCGCGACCGCACAUCCCCAAAACUACCGGGUUUUCAACCUAUCGGCCGAUCUCGAUGAGCAGCAGGCCGAGGGAGCUGUAGUCAAACGUCCGCUCAACAUGAUGGGUGACGAGUUAGAGAAGUGGUAUAGCUGGUGCUGGUACUCGACCGAGUCUCGGAGGCCAGGGGCUCACCUGGCGUCUCGAGAUGGCCACCUUGGGAUCACGCCGCAGAUACACGGCAGUCAGGGCUUCUGGCGUACUCAGCCGUGA